CUUGUCAACUCUCAUAUUGGACGAAGUUGAUUUGAAGUUUAACGCAAGGGAAACUGGUUUGCAAAAGAUUUAAAGAUGGAUGCAAAAAUGUUAUUAAUCGUGGAGUAUUCAGUCGUCGUUUUUGUUUGUUUAAACUGUGUUUAUGGCCGACAUUUACAAAUUCAGCUGACGGGAUACGAAUGUUUCUACGACAGUAUUGACGCUAAUGUAUCCUGUUCGCUCGAAUAUGCGCCGAUCACAGGCGCAAAUCCGCAACUUGAUGCGUUUAUCGAGGCCCCGCAAGGUCAACUGAUUUACAAAGCCGAGAAAAAGGACUACGAUCUCUUUCGUUUUGUCUCGGAGAAGCCCGGCGUGUAUCGUUUCUGCUUUAGCAACGUCUACGACAGUGUCUUUCAAACAAACCUGGUGUACUUCGAUUUCGUCAAAGGCAAGGGAGACGACACAAGCUUUCCUGGGGCAUCGACUCAAACUGCGCUCACACAAAUGGAGACCACAGCGUACUCUAUCCACGAAGCGCUGGCCGUUAUGGAACAGUACCAAAAUCAUCACAGAAUACGUGAGGCGAACGGACGCAUUGCCGCGGAAACGUUAAACUCUCGCGUUCAAUGGUGGUCGCUCAGUCAAGCUUUUGUCAUAGUUCUUGUCAGCCUUCUCCAAGUCUUUGUCCUGCGGAGGUUUUUCACUAUCAAACGAGAAAAUAUUUAAUCAAUUGGGAUAUUUUAACUUGUCAACGUCAGCGACGCGCGUCAGGUUUGACAGCAUAAUCUGCGCGUAACUUUGAUAAAUUAUGGGCACAUUUUGACUGCGAGUUUUUGCUGAGCAAAAUAUACGCAUGACAGUGCAAAUAAUGGACUACUAACUUCAAAAUUCAAUAUCUUCAGUAAAUCAACCGAUUAUGUUUAUGCCUUAGUUUAAUGUCUAACCUUUCUCGUAGCCAUUUCUUAAAAAUGUGUGCUCACUUAAGCAUUUCUCUUAGAUGUCAGUCUAGAUUUACUUUUUUUUUUCACUCCGAGGCGAGUGGGUGGCCUAGCUGUCUCUUACCCGGCAAUUUUUUGCCACUGACCUCAAUGUAUACACUUUCGAUGGCUACAUAUUUGGGUGAAAAUUUGUAUCACUCGACGCGUAUCUAUCUUUAGAUUGAUUCAAUAUAAUCCACGACCUAUUUUAAAUUAUGAACAACUGUAAAAAACUACGUAUGGAAACUCAU